AUGAAUGGACAGAAUCCAUUUACAAAUAUCGGCACUCCGAACUUUAGCUUGUCGCAAAUCCCACAACAUAUUCUGCAGAGCUUGACGCCAAUGCAGCUGCAAAUGAUACAACAGCGACAUCAACAGCUUUUACUGCAGCAGCAGCAGCAGCAAUCAGCCGGUAUGAAUGCUCAGGAUAGUGCUAGCCCGAAUAUUCCUAGUCGGAUGAAUGCCGCGGAGCGUGAUCCGGCAAAUGGUCAGGCAGCCCAAUUUAACGCAGCGCAGAAAGCCCAACUGUUGAAGGCACAGCAGCAGCAAUUGGCACUGAUGCAGCAGCGUCAGCAGCAGCAGCAGCAACAACAACAACAACAACAACAACAACAACAACAACAACAACAACAACAACAACAGCAGACGCAGCCACAACAACCACCGCAACCGCAACAGCAGGCGCAACAGCAGUCUCAACAGCAGGCGCAACAGCAGUCUCAACAGCAGGCUCAACCUCAACCACAACAGCCGCCACAGCCUCAAACUCAGCCACAACAUCAGCAACUAAAACCGCAGCCCAUUCCGGGACAGACUAUUAGCCUUCCACCUCAAAUUGCCCAACUUCCGCCUCAUUUACAAUUACAGUGGCUAGGAAAUUUGAAGCAGCAAGCGCUCGCAAAGGAUAAUGCAAAUGCGGUUGCAAUCAUUACACAACUUCAACAACAAGUGCAAAACUCUAUACAACAAAACCAAAUACCGCAACAUACUGCAGCUCAAAGUAACUUCACGGAAGCUGCUUCGUCCAGUGCACAACAGGCACAGAUUCCUUUACAGUCUCCUUUGCAGCAGGCCCCAAUCCAGGUGCCGCCUACUCAUAUACAACAAGCUGGAAUGGGUCGAAUGGUUCCUCAAAACCGAAUACCACAACCUCAGGCAUCUUCUCCACAACAACAGCAUACUCCACAUUCUGGACCCUCACCAAUGAUGAUACAGAAGCUAACACCAACGCCAACUACAGAGCCGGAGUUGCCGAAGUACCAAACAAUCUAUGAGAAUCCUAAGGAAGGGACUCUUUCGUCUUCAGACGCAUGGUCACGGCUGCUAAAGUCGCAAGGUGUCGAGCCUUCUUCUGAUCUAUUGCUGUACGAGCAAAUUAUCUCUCGAGACCAGCUGAAUACACUUCAAGUUGUGAAGGAGCGAGCCGGCUACGAACCAAUUAGCAAAUUUGGAUUCAGUAACAAGGAAUACUUAACGCGACUUUUACAGGACCUAAAUUACUAUAAAGAGUUGAAGAAUACAAGAAUGAAGUCUAUCACGAACACCUCGCAGGGUAUCUUAUCGAAAAGCAUUUGGGGAGAUGGUUAUUCAGGUUACGGAAAUGGGAUUACCAACACUCCGACGACUGUUAUAACAGGGGUGGACAAUACUACUCGGUACGUACCAUUGAAUUUAGUUUAUGACGUUGCCAUGCAAAACGAGAUUGAAGAGCUUGUUCCCAUUAGGCUAGAAUUCGAUGCCGAAAGAGAUAGAUUCUCCUUAAGGGACACAUUCCUCUGGAAUAGAAACGAAAAACUAGUCCAAAUUGAAGAAUUCGUUACGAAAAUGCUCGAAGAUUACCGAUUUGCACAGCCUUCACUAUACAGAGAAACCGUUUUGAAUAGUGUAAGGGAGCAACUCAACGACUUUCAGCCUGAUCCAUUUAGACAGCCACGGAAAACAAGCAGGAUAGGCGGAGAUGAUAUGCGUAUUAAAGUAGUUCUGGACAUUGUCGUUGGACAGAAUGAACUUUUUGAUUCUAUUGAGUGGGAUAUCUCCAACCCAGACAACGACCCGGAGGAGUUUGCCCAGAUCAUGUGUGAAGAACUGAAGCUGCCAGGUGAAUUUGCUACCGCCAUCUCACACUCUAUCAGAGAACAAGUUCACAUAUACCAUAAAGCACUAGCCUUAGUUGGCUAUAAGUUCAAUGGUUCAUUUGUGGAAGAAGAUGACAUCAGAUCUCGUCUGCUUCCCGUCAUAACACUGGACGAAGUUUAUCGCUCAACUACUGAUAUAAAACAUUACACCCCUACCAUGACCCAUAUUUCGCCUCUUGAGCUCGAGAGGCUUGACAAAGACAAGGACCGUGACACUAGGCGUAAGCGGAGGCAGGUGAGAUUCAAUAGGCGUGGAACCACUGCUAUUGCCGACGCUUCCAUGCCUGAUCUUAGUGACAUACCAAAAACUUUCCGUAUCCCAGUUCCCUCAACAAUUCUACCUGGUGGAAUUGAUCUUGGUCCUCCAGCAGGUUCAUAUACUCUUGUAACAACCACCCGCCAGAUUCCAAGACCGCUCAAGCCCAGACCACUCGAGUCACCAUGUCGUAUUAUUAUGCACGAAAGGGGACGAAGCCUUUUAUUAAGAAUAAAACUUCCCAACUCAAUUAAAUUUAACACUAUGAUUACACCACAGCAGACAAUGAUGAACUCACAAAUUGCACAGAAGGCCCCUUCAUCAACUGGAGCCCCUAACUUAUCAGGUCCUUCUGCGCCACAGCUUUCCCAACAACAUGUUCCUAGUCCUUCAAUUGACACCCCGGACGAGAAUUAUAUAUCUGAGGAUUAG